CUUAAAACAAAUAACUUUUCAAUAUAGUUUGCAAUAAUAGCAAGCAAAAACAGUGAAAAAACAAACGUAUCCAAUCAAUUCAACUACCUCUGACCUUGGAGAAUCCAUUUACCUCUAGAAGAACUGAAUUGGUUAAACAAAUAUGAAUGCUCCUUAGUCACAAUGAGAAAGUGCCCCAGUUUAUACGCAGUUCUUCUCUGUUCUGCAGUCCUGAAAACUUUUGUGCACUGCGUCGAUGAUAUUGAGGAAAAAGAACGAUACAGCUCAUCUACCGUAGGACUUCUGAAACUGCUUAGAGUGGAGGAACACUUCGUCGAUAGCCUCAUGAACAAAGCAGAUCAACUGGGAGAACAUUUCGAAUCGCUUCGAAUGUACUUGUCUUCAGUGGGUUAUGAAUUGAAUCGAAGCCUCAAUGAAAGAGUGGUAUAUGUUUCGAAUCCCAUAAAUGCCUUUUCACUUUUGAGACGUACCCACGAGGAUUUGCCAAAAUGGCACGCCUAUUUUAGAGAGGCCAUUGGAAAGGAUCUUAGUAAUCUGGAUGACCUUGUGGAAAAGCUGCCUAGCGACGUGGACAUAUUGUCGGCCAUGCGUGGAAUUCAACGUAUAGAAAGAAUAUAUGAAUUAAAGAUCGACGAUUUGGCACAAGGACUGUUGCAAGGAGUUCAGUACAAGGUUCAACUUACAUAUCGCGACCUCAUAGCCAUGGGAAAUUCUAUGUACCAGCAACGCGACUAUCAAGCAGCAGCAAAAUGGUAUCGCAUUGCUUGCAAGCGCGAAUUAGAAAAUCCCGAAGAGUUGUUAAUUGAGAUUUUGGGCGACCCAUCCGAAGAACUUCAUCGCCAAUACGUUAAGUCUCUUUUCAUAUAUGGCUCUACUAUAUCUGAGCCUUCGAAGUCUGUUGAAGAUGCCUUUAUUAUGUUGCAAAACUCUCUAGCAAACGCCAGUCAAGAGGAACUGGACAAUAUAGUGUCCGAGCUGAACGAUGCUGAAGUAGAGAAAGAGCUGUAUCAGGUAAAAAGAAGUGCUUCCAACUUUGAAAUUGGUUGUCGAGGACUGUAUCGCCAAAGGACGAACCUUGUGUGUCGAUACAAAAGCACGGCGAACACGUUUCUGCGAUUGGCCCCUCUGAAAUUCGAGGAAAUAAGUUUGGAUCCAUUUAUAGCAGUGUAUCACGAAGUUCUGUAUGAUUCGGAGAUUCAUGCACUUAAAGGUAAAUCUGGGAAUAUGGUGAAUGGCUACGCAAGACAAAGAAAUGGCACAGAAAUCAGAGAUACAGUAGCCCGAUAUGACUGGUGGUCAGAUACAUCGUUAACACGCGAGCGCAUCAAUCAGCGCAUUAUUGAUAUGACAGGAUUCAACUUCACAAAGGACGAAAAGCUACAGAUCGCGAACUAUGGAGUGGGCACCUAUUUCGAACCGCACUUCGACUACUCCUCCGAUGGAUUUGAAACUCCAGAAGUUACGACGUUGGGGGAUCGGUUGGCCAGCAUUAUAUUUUAUAUUACUCUUUACAGGCCGGUGAAGUUCUGCAAGGAGGUGCCACUGUUUUUCCGGAAAUCAAUGUUACGGUGUUCCCACAGAAAGGCAGCAUGUUGUACUGGUUCAAUUUGCAUGAUGACGGAAGACCGGAUAUUAGAAGCCAGCACUCGGCGUGUCCAGUUGUCAAUGGAGACAGAUGGACUCUCACAAUGUGGGUUCCAAUUUUUCCUCAAAUGUUUAGCUUCCCAUGCAAAUCGUAGUUAAUAAACAUUGAACAACUCUAUAGUUACAAUGAUCAUUA